UUUUAUUUUUGUAGAAACCAUGGAAACAACAAAGACGCUUAUAUAUUAUGUGUUUUAUUAGACAGAUCAGAUGGAAGUGAAGGAGCAAAGACACAAACUAAAUGAUGUAAAGAAACACUCUGAUAUCAAAGCUCAAGGAACUAAAGCCAGAAAGCUGCACACCUGCUCACAGUGUGGAAAGAGUUUCCAAAAUAAAUCAAACCUUAACAAACACACAAAAAUUCACACUGGAGAAAAACCGUAUACAUGCACUCAGUGUGGUAAAGAUUUCAUUUUGCCAUCACAACUAAAGCAACACCUGAUAGUUCAUUCAGAUGAGAGGCCUCAUGUGUGUUCUCUCUGUGGAAAGAGUUUUUCACGGCUGGACAGUUUUAAACAGCACCAGAAUAUACAUACAGGUGUGAAAGAUCAUGUGUGUUGUGACUGUGGGAAGAGCUUUACUACAUCUAGUCAUCUGAAACGGCACCGAAGAGUUCACACUGGAGAAAAACCGUAUACAUGCACUCAGUGUGGAAAGAGUUUUUCUCAAGCAUCAGCUCUCAGUGUUCAUCUGCUCCGUCACUCUGGAAAAAAAACAUUUAAAUGUGAUCAAUGUGACAAAGAUUUUAUUUUGUCAUCAGAUCUAAAAGAUCACCUGACAGUUCAUUCAGAUGAGAAGCCUUUUGUGUGUUCUCUCUGUGGAAAGAGCUUUCCACGGCUGAAGAGUUUUAAACUGCACCAGAAAACACAUGAUGAAGUGAAAGAGUAUGCGUGUCGUGACUGUGGGAUGAGCUUUACUAGAGCUGACUGUCUGAAACGUCACCAAAGAACUCAUACUGGAGAAAAACCUUUCAAGUGCUCAUAUUGUGACAAGAGUCUCACUCGGUUGGUACACCUGAAAUCACAUGAGCGAAUUCAUACUGGAGAGAAGCCGUACCACUGUACUCAGUGUGGAGAGAGUUUCAGAGAUGCAACAGGUUUAAAAAAUCAUCUUUUUAUUCACACUGAAGAAAAAACAUUUAACUGUGAUCAAUGAGGUAAAGAUUUUAAUUUGUCAUCCGGUCUAAAACAACACCUGAAUGUUCAUUCAGAUGAGAAGGCCUUAUGUGUGUUUUUCUGUAGAAAGAGAUUUUCAUGUCUAAAGUUUUUUUAAACUGCACCAGAAAACACGAUGAGGUGAAAGAUCAAGUAUGUUAGUGUGUUAGUGAGUGUGGAAAGAGUUUUACUACAACUGCCCAACUGAAUUCAUACUGAAAAAAAAUCAUAUUGCUUAUAUUUUCAAUGAAUUGUGAUAUGUAUUGUGAAAAGUGCUAUACAAAUAAAUGUAAAUUGAACUGAAUUGAAUUGA